AUGUGUGUAACAUGUCCUGCCAUACUCAAUGUAUCUGACACUGCACAUACUAAAUAUGAGCUCUCGUUUUGGACUGAUAGUGUUGCUGAUGUCAGACAGGAACCUGAAAAUGUGCUUAGUGAACCAUCGGCCCCACCAGAAAAUCAAUCUCAGUUGGACACUGCUGUCGAAUCCAUCCUUCCGUCUGCCCCACCAUUUGGUCUAGUUGCGCGGCUUGAGUACGAGUGCUGCAUCUGCCAAGACGCAAAGUGCCUCAUAAUAUUCCUUCAGUGUGGUCAUGUAUGCACCUGCGCAGUAUGUGCCGAGAAAAUUUCCACCUGCCCACUUUGUCGGUCGCCGAUCUCUCAACGAGUUCAGAUUCACUUCCCCUCCGCCAUUGAAAACGUGUAGAAUAUUUCGAAUUUACUUCUUUUAAUCACGCCGUUUGUGUAAUAUUUUCCAGUUCCUUUAUUCUCUUGUCUUCUUAUAUGCUCUGUGUUCAGUCUCUCUUCGUUCUCACUCAUGCGCUUACUUCAUUUGCACGCCGUAUAGCACUCACACAGUCCACAUUGGAUACAUACGCUGAACGUCGUACUUUGAGCAAUUGACAGAUUUUAUCUAAUGGAGGGGGCUUGCAACCAUUUUUAAUCACGGCACACACACACACACUUAUGUUUUUCACAAACUUCUAGGCGUUCUUUGCUCCCAACAGUUCUUUUCGCGUUAGUUGGAGCUGUACUUCGAAGCACUGUGAUUACCAGUAGACGGUAUCGCCACUAGGACUCGUGAGCAAUGCCUUUCAAAACGGUUAAAAAUCC